GUGGUAAAAACUAUUGGCCUGAGGGAAGUUUGGUUCUUUGGUCUGCAGUACCAGGACACUAAAAGUUUCUCUACUUGGCUGAAACUCAAUAAAAAGGUGACUGCCCAGGAUGUGCGGAAGGAAAGCCCUCUACUCUUCAAGUUCCGAGCUAAGUUCUACCCUGAGGAUGUAUCUGAGGAAUUGAUCCAGGACAUCACCCAGCGCCUGUUCUUCCUGCAAGUGAAGGAGGGCAUUCUCAAUGAUGAUAUUUACUGCCCACCUGAGACUGCUGUGCUGCUGGCCUCCUAUGCUGUCCAGUCUAAAUAUGGUGACUUCAAUAAGGAAGUCCACAAGUCUGGCUACUUGGCUGGGGACAAGUUACUGCCACAGAGGGUCCUGGAGCAGCAUAAACUCAACAAGGACCAGUGGGAGGAGCGGAUCCAGGUGUGGCAUGAGGAGCACCGGGGCAUGCUUAGGGAAGAUGCUGUCCUAGAGUAUCUGAAGAUUGCCCAGGACCUGGAGAUGUAUGGUGUGAACUACUUCAGCAUCAAGAACAAGAAAGGCUCAGAGCUGUGGCUGGGGGUGGAUGCUCUAGGUCUCAACAUCUAUGAGCAGAAUGACAGACUGACUCCCAAGAUAGGCUUUCCCUGGAGUGAAAUCAGAAACAUUUCUUUCAAUGACAAGAAAUUUGUCAUCAAGCCCAUUGACAAAAAAGCCCCGGUAAGUGAUUCCUCCUACUGGCCAAGACAGGUACUUACCAAGACCUUGAUAAUGCUAGGAACAAUCAUACCAACUUGCUCUCAUUUUUCUGGCUUUUUUUUUUUUUUUGUAGGGGGGAGGAGGCACAAAAGGAGAUUGGCACCGGAAGGGGAUUUUGAUGCCAAGACAUGGCUAACAGGCAUCCUGUAGCUGGUGCCGCCCUGC